CGGUAUCGAGUCUGCCAUUUUGGUUUUGGGUUCCACAAUUCCUUCACGCUUUGCUUUGCGUUCGUUGAUAACGUUUUCCUUGCCGUGAAAAUAAGUGUUUUGUUUAGUGAUUGUCGUGGAAAAUGGGUCGCAAAAGAACAAAUCACGUGCAUGAAUAUGUCGAAUACGAUGAGGCUAUGGACACGUCGAGAUGUUUGAUGCAAGAUUGCACAACGGUAUUGAAGGGCAAGCACGGUUCCAACCUGCUACGCCACUUCGCCGUCCACCAUUCGGAGGUCUACGUCGAAAUUGUCGAAAAAAAUGGCGCCAAACCUGAGGAAUGCUCCGACUGGAAACCACCAGGGUCCAGCCAACAGCCUAGACUCCGUCAAGACACCUUCAGCCUCCUGAAACGGUUUUGCGUGAACCUAGUCAAACACCACGGAAGACCGCUGUCACUUUUCGAUGACUAUGCGUUCAGAGAAAUCAUCAAUUUGAUACCCUUUCCCAGCAGUGACAAGAAAAAGAUUACCUCCAAGUAUAUUGCUAAGCAUUUGAAUGAUAAAGAUGUUGCUGUGGACAAGAAAACGGGCACAACAAAUCGAGGAGAAACCCGAAUAAAAGGUGAAGUCUUGCAAUGCAACUGUGCGGCUUCUUCAGAUGCAGAGGGGAACGAGCACUCCCAAGACUGUGCGUUGCGGAGUUCGCAGCAUUUGCCUUACUGGAACUACUUCGAGGUAUCAGUAGAUGUCGCCACGUGUACAAUUUGCAAGGAUGUAAUAAAUUGGACAAAUUUAUCCAUGCUGAAGGAUCACUUGACUGCAUAUCACCCUGCUACACUUUUUAAAGAUGAUGAUGCAGAAUUCGAAAAUGGAGUCACCGCCGCCGAUUCGAAUUCCAGCGUUGCAUCCAACGAUGACACCAACAUGGAAGAGGUUUACUUAAACGACGACAUGCCUGUAGAAAGCACUCCUAGAAAAAAACGCAAGGCCUCCCAUACAAAUAUAUUCACUGACCAGAGAGAAAACAUUAGCGGUUACACCCAAGGCUUAUCCGAAUGGGCGCAAGGGUUAGACAGGUUUGGUUUAUACGUUUCGGCGUUGAUGAGGUUUCUGCCUAGAAGUACGUGUAUAAAAUUUCAGGGGCAAAUAGUUCAGAGACUGUUGCAAGAGCAAGCGGCAGCUAGUUGAUAGAUUUUGGGCAAUUUUGACCAAUACAUUUGGGCAAGUUUGAGUACUUACAUACAGGAUAUUG